UCAUGGUUCCACCCUGAGCCAACAUCUCAGCCUCCAAACCUCCAACUAGACCUCCAAAUCCCCUUCAGCAGGACCAAAACUGAGAGCAAACGGGUUCAUCUUUCUCUUCAUCCUUUAAUGGCGUCAAGAAUCCGUCUUAAAUCGUCUGUACCAAACCUGAGGUAUGGAGCGAGGCUGAGUGCUGAAUCAGACACAAACACUGCGACUCACAGACGUUUCCAGCGCAUGUUUCGCCUCCUCCGUCUUUCCCUUCAUAUCGUUUAACCCUCUGCUGCCAUCUUCCUGUUAUUAGCCGAGAGCCGCAGCACUCAUUCCGCUGAAGAUCUGGCGAAGAGAUUUGAUUUCAGGCUGCUGGACGGCGACACGGCAGGCGGUUAGUCAGGAAACAGCGAGUUUUUUCCUCCACAUUAGGCUGUUCAGGGCUCGACUCAGCAGUUUGGGAUUUUCCUUUCUCGGCUGAGGUGCUCCAGGGCCCAGCGCUGCUCUCAGAGCUGCCAUGUCCCCUCCAGCCUCGGCUGCGACGGCUAGUGAGAGCAGCACCACCACGGUUUUCGAGGACGACACGGACAGCCCCAGAGAGGAGCAGAGGCCCCUGAAACAAUCCCUGAGCAAGUCCCUGUGCAGAGAAGCCUUCUGGAAAUGCCUCGUGCUCUCCAUGCUCAUGUACGGAUGUAUGGGUGCCAUGGUGUGGUGUCAUGUCACCAAGGUCACCCGGCUGAGCUUCGACACUGCCUACAAAGGGAAAUCCAUGAUGUACCACGAUAGCCCUUGCUCUGACGGCUACAUCUACAUUCCCUUAGCAUUCCUGGUCAUGCUGUAUGUAGUUUACUUGGUGGAGUGCUGGCACUGCCAUGCGAGAAAUGAGCUGCAGUACAAGGUAGAUGUGGAGGGCAUCUACGAAAGAGUUCAGAGGAUGCAGCAGGCUAAGCCCUGUAUCUGGUGGAAAGCCAUCAGCUACCACUACGUACGGAGAACACGGCAGGUGACGCGCUACCGCAACGGAGAUGCAUACACUACCACUCAGGUGUAUCACGAGAGGGUGAACACACAUGUGGCUGAGGCUGAAUUCGACUAUGGCCACUGUGGGGUGAAGGAUGUUUCCAAGCAGCUGGUUGGCCUGGAUAAGUCAGCUAUCACCAAACUGAGGUUCACUAAGUGCUUUAGCUUUGCUAACGUGGAGUCUGAGAACUCCUACUUAACUCAGCGGGCCAGGUUCUUCACCGACAACGAGGGUCUUGACGACUACAUGGAAGCACGUGAGGGGAUGCACCUGAAGAAUGUAGACUUCAAAGAGUACAUGAUUGCCUUCUCAAACCCAGACAACCAUCCCUGGUAUGUCUCGAAUUACGUCUUCUGGACGGCUGCCUUCUUCAUGUUCUCCUGGCCCUUGAGGGUUUUGACAGAGUACCGCACAGCUUAUGUCCACUACCGAGUGGAGAAGCUUUUUGGGGUCGACUACAUUCCAGUUACGCCGUGUGACGAGCAUCCAUACUGCAGGCGCAUCCCUCGAGUGAACACCAUUGACAGCACUGAGCUGGAGUGGCACAUCCGCUCCAAUCAGCAGUUGGUGCCAAGCUACUCAGAAGCAGGUCUGAUGGACCUGGCCCAACGUUCUGGAGGUUUCCGACAGAACUGUGAGCGCUGUCAUCGUGCCAUCAGCAGCUCCUCCGUGUUCUCCCGCAGCGCCCUCAGCAUCUGCAACGGGAGCCCCCGAGUCCCUUUCAGCGGCAGCCGCUUCUCGCUGGGCCGGCUGUAUGGCUCGCGCCGCAGCUGCUUCUGGAGGAGUGGCAGCGGCAGCCUGGACGAACCUGAAAGCCCAAGCGAGAACACACGCUGCCUGUCUGGCCACAUCGCCACCGCUGAGGAUGACCCCCCGCCUUACCAAGAUGCCCUCUGCUUCCCAGUUCUAAUCGUCCACUGCAGUGAGAGCUGCCCCAACCACCGCUCUUUCCAUAGGAACGGCUCCUGCGUGGAGACCUCCUUAUAAGGGUUUACUGACUCACAGCUGAUGGACAGUAAUAUACGCAAAUUAGUGCGGAUGAAGAAUCCAAUGCUGACCAGAGAAUGAUGUCUUAAGAAACAAGACAGAUUCUCAACACUGAGCAUGUCCUGUCACUCAGGAAUCAUGUCGUCCAUGGCUCAAUACUUGCAGCCCACAGCCUGUUAAGGGAACGGUGCUUUUGCUCUAAGACAGACUUUGUGCUCAUAUCAAAAUAAGAAUGUCCUCAACACUGUACUUACCAAAAUGGAAUCAAAUACUCUGAAAUGUCUUUUUUCCACGUUAGUCAUUACAUUCAUAGCAAUAAUCCAAAUUCAACAUUGUGUUCUUAUGUUAGAAGUAAUAACUUUUUCUAUUACUUUAUCAUAAUACAGCUGCAGGAUUCUUACGUGAUGUUUCAAGACAACUAUUUUACUUGUCUUGUUUAGUAUUCGCGUGGAGGACCUAGCCUUUACAUACAAAGCAAAAAUCCUCUCAGUGUACUUUGAGCAUAGAACUUCAACCCCAAAGUUUUGUUCUUUCCAAUCAUGUUGCACUUGAGGUCACAUAAACCAAAUCACCUGUAUUCAGAAAGAAUGUUAGGUUACUUUACAAAUAAAAGUGAUGUACAGUAUAUUAUCGUAUUCCAUAGGACUAGAAUUGUGGUUUUCCACCCAUAUAAGACCGCAUAUUGUAUUCGAGAGUAUUAUCUGUUGUGUGUACUUUCAGUGUGAUGUAACUUGGUAAUGCACUAUGGUAUACUAUUACAAACAUACUCUCUAUUAUUGCUCUGUAUGCUACACCCGAUAUCUGAAACUGCUGUUAAAAAUAUAUACAUUUCAGGCUAUGCAACAAUUAACCUCUGGUAUGGUAUGCCAUUCGACUGUAUAUAACUUCAAAUGGAAUGUAUGACUGUUGUAUCUUUUUUAAAAGCUUAUAUGUAGUUAUUGUAGUACCAGGCUAACCCAAGAACAGGAGUUUGGUUAUAAACUGAGAAGAACUGGGUUGUCGUGAUUUAGAAUUCCAAGCACAGGAACUUGUGGUGUAUGUUGGUGAAGUGAGAAUCGCAAAUGGAAAUGUGGUGGGUUUAUGACUCUGUAGGAUGGACAAGUGCAUUACAAAGCCCAUAGCACAUUGCAGAAGUGCACUGCAAACUUUCUGCUCUGGUCAAAUAAUUUUGGACUGCCCACCCUUAGCCAUUUUUAUUUACAAAUGUAACCCAGUCAGUGGUUAAACUUUGUAUACUCUGUACUGGAAAACUGUGGUGCAAGUCCAGUACUACUUUUGUCACUAUUUGAAAUUCGUGUAAUCGGAAAGCUGCGGAACAGACAUCAACUUCUGAGAUGCUACACAUGUUCCAAAGACAUUUUCCCAAACUGAAAUCCAUGCAGAUAUUGAUAUAUACCUUUGGUUCUUUGCCUGUGGUGUCUAGAAGUUAACUGUUAAAGCUGUAUGGUGUUAUACCACUUUUUAUAUUGCCUAAAUAUAUUGUAUCACAAGUUUACUGAUUUGUCUGGGGAAAAAUACACAAUGUUGCCUUUAUGUAGCACACACACACACACACACACACACACACACACACACACACACACACACACAAUAAAA